GCAGUUCAGUGUGAGCCGGGGGAGAGAGAGAGAGAGAGAGAGAGAGAGAGAGAGAGAGAGAGAGAGAGAGAGAGAGAGAGAGAGAAUGGCUCCCGUUGUUGUGGUGUGGAAGUGGGUCUGCGGCCGCGAUGUGAUCAUCGCGGAGCUCCAAGACAAACGCAACGGGCGUCACGGGCAUGACAUGGUUUUCUACAAUGCUGUCACACGUCACGACACCCGUGUGUAUGAAGUGCGCGUCAACGAUGUCCAUGCGAUGGACAUCACGGCUGGAUUGGGGUUUGACAGUGAUGGCGCUUUGAGCCACGUCCUCCUGUUCGUGACGAAGAGGCAUGAGGUGGUGCCAAACAGAUGGGAAGGUCCCCACCGGGACGUGGUGGGGGACACCAUCAAGUACCUUGUGUCCGCCAUCACCAAAGAGUUUGAGAACCGCAUGGACUACACGCCUUGGUACGACACCAUCUUCAACCCCCCUCUGGAGGGCAGGGGCUACUUGCACAGCCUGGUGGAUACAUGGGUGCCUGAGGAUGACCUUCGUGUCCGUAAAUGCGGUGUUGUUGGCGAUGAUGAUGAUGAUGAUGAGUUAUAUGACGACGACGAUGAUGAUGAUGACGAGUUGAAUGACGGCGGCCAUUAACAUAAUGAUGAUGACAUGUCUACAGCGGUGUUCUUGGCGGUGAUUCUUUGUGGAUUGCAUUUUUUAUUUUUUUUUGGGAACGUGUCAUGUAAGUA